AUGCAUAUUUUUCUUCUGGUUUUGGUUUUCUCGGGAUUUUCUUGUUCAAAUGCAAUCGAGGACCCGGAAUUUUUUGAGAUUACUGUAGACAGAGAUCAUCCGGAGAAGGUUUAUGAAGCGUUUGAACAGUUUAAAAUACGGUACCAGAGAAAAUAUAAGGAUGCAGCGGAAACUCAAAGGAGGAUGCAAAACUUCAUAAAAUCGUAUAAUACUAUUGGAAUAUUGAACCUAAAAUCCAACGAAUCCGGCUACACGUCAACUUUUGGAAUCAACAAGUUUUCGGAUCUCUCGUCAAAAGAAUUCCAGCAAAGAUUAUCAAACAUUGCACCAAGUCAGAAAUCCAGAAGCACCAUGAAAAAAGCAUCACCCUUCUUGAAACGACACAAGCGCCAAGUUGACGAACUUCCGGAUUCGGUAGAUUUGAGAUACGAGAAAGUGAACGGGCGUUAUAUUGUUGGAAAUAUUGUCAAGGAUCAAGGAUCAUGUGCUUGUUGUUGGGGAUUCGCGGUUACCGCUGUCGCUGAGGCAGUGUAUGCAGCUAAUGUUGGUCCAUUUACGUACCUCUCCGAACAAGAGCUCUGUGAUUGUGCUACUCCUGGAAGCCUUGGAUGUACAGGUGGUGAUCUGGUAUGGGGAACGGAAUACAUUAUGGGCCGAGGACUCGCAGCAAGCUCCACAUACAAAUGGGACGAGCAUCGAGCCAAUCAAUCAGGAAUGUGUGUAUCCGAAGAAAAUAAACGAGUACUUGUGGAGGAUAAAUUCGAUUACUAUUUUGCUGAUCGAUAUAACGCUGAGGAGGAAAUCAUGGCAAUGUUGGUGCAGUGGAAAAGUCCUGUUGCGGCGUCAUUCGCCGUUGGAAAUCGCUUCCGUUCGUAUAGCGAUGGAGUCCUUGUAGAACAAGAUUGCGAUUUGAAAGGGCCCUCAUUCCAUGCUGGCGCUAUCAUUGGAUACGGAUCGGAACGUGACUAUUUCGGACGUAUUCAGAAGUAUUGGAUCGUUAGAAACUCUUGGGGACCAUAUGACUGGGGAAACGAAGAUGGAUACUUCAAAGUGAUUCGUGGAAGGGAUUGGUGUGGAAUUGAAUCGAUUGGUGCGGUUGGAGGACGGAUUGCGGAUCAUACUCAUGCUUGA